AUGGCGCAGGUCAUCACCGCCGGCGAAGCAGGUACGUCUUCACUACAAUCCUAAGCCCCGCCAUUGGACCAUCUGAUCUGCUGCGACAACCCGCCCGACGACGCAGCCGAUGGCGACAACAGCAUUCCAUAUUCCACCAUACCACCACAUACUAACGUCUGUCCCUUCACAGUCGCCCGCAUCGCCUACCUCUCCUCCGACGCCGUCAUCAGCGUCCAGCCCUCCCUCGCCGCCGACUCCGAGUUUUCCAAGUUCCUCCGCUCAUAUGCCUCCAGACAGGCCUCGAGUAUCAUCUCACAGGGCACGCCAGAGGUUCAUCCGGUGCGACAUAACGCAGACCCCUUGCUUGACGUCUACCGUCGCGUCCGCAAUGGCAAGAUCACGACCGUCACGACCAGCAGCGAUGUCCUGGUCAAGAGCAUUCCGCACCUCUACAGACUCGCCCAAUACCCCGUUGUCAUCCACGUGAGCCUGCAUCCGGCAGGUUUCCCCGAUUAUGGCGAUAUCACAAGCAUCCGAAACACGGGCUUCGCCUUCCUGCAGAGCACUACGUUACAAGAGGCGCAAGACUUAUCCUUGACUGCCCAUGCUUUGGCCAUUCGAAGUGGGCGAGGUGUCAUCCACUUCUUUGAUGCCGCCAACACGCUGCAAGAUCAGCCAAUCGCGCACGAGAAUCGUGAGAUGGUGCAGGAUCUGCUUCCUGUAGAUUUGGCGAGGCAGUACCAGCUCAGCAAGAGCGAGGAAUCCGGUAUUUACGUGAAUGAAGGCCAUGCGCCGCAACGACCCGUCGCUGCGGAGCUGAGCACAUCGGACGCGACUUUGCCCCUACAGAACGGCACAUCCACAGACCCUAGCACUCGCGACAUCUCCAGCGCAUCUUCGUCGGCCUCGGACCGCAAGACGAGCAGCUCGGGGGCCUCCGUCGCUGAGUCGGCCACGACGAUCGAAUCGCAGUCAAAGCCUACUAGCUCGGAGGACGUGGACACCAUCUGCACCGCCAUCUGGGCUCAGCUGCACUCUCACACUGGUCGGCAAUACACUGCUUUCAACUACACGGGCCCACCGAACGCCGAGAAUGCACUUUUCCUCUUUGGCAGCGAUCCUGGUCUGUUCAGUGCAGAGUUCGACGCCGCCACUCCCGCCGACUUCUUCUCGCGAGUUGGAUUGAUCACACCCGUCCUGUACCGCCCGUGGCUAACUGAGCGCCUGAGCGAUUGCAUUCCCAAGAGCAUCAAGCGGAUAGCCGUGGCAGAGCAGAUCAAGCGCAAGACUACCAAGUGGGGACCGGUCUUGCUCGAUGUGCUUAUGUCCCUAAAGUCAAGCACACAGGGCGGUGCAUCUCCAGCCAUCGUGGGCUACCAGCUGGGCUAUAUCGAGUAUACCACGAUCACCCAGGCUCUCAGCGGCAUCUUCCAGAACCUGACUUCGAAGUCGCCCAUCCAGAACCUCGAGAUUGGUGCACAUGAAGGACCGAGGCUGUCGCUUGCAGGCAGCCAGAAGGAAUUUGAGCUGAAGCAGCCAGAGCUUGAGAAUGCAUACAUGAAGAUACUCGACCAGAUUUUUGGACAGAGGCUAUACAUUGCGAACGCCUUGAAGUCGAACAAUGCAGGAAUCAGCGACUCCAUCAAGUCGAGUCCAGAGUUCGGGUUUGGUUCUUUACUGGCGCGAAAGGAGCACCGCAAGCGAUUCAUCACUGAAGUAGAGGCACUUGCGAAGUCCCGCGAUUUCACCACGGAUGCACCCCAGAAGUGGUUGUCCCAAUGGGCUCUGGUGGCGGAAGAAGGCGACAAGGUCAACAACGUCGCUCCAGAAGUCAUUUCAAGACUUUCGAAUGACGGAUCUCCCGCAGCUUCGAAGCUACUCAGCUCCAAGGGCCUCUUUUUCAAUGAGUCGCAGUGGCUUGUUGGAAGUGACGCGUGGAGCUAUGAUCUUGGAAACAGCGGUGUGCAUCAUGUUCUCGCCAGCGGCGAGAAUGUAAACAUGCUCAUCAUCGACUCGACCCCAUACAGCGAGCGUGCUGCAGCCGACGCUGCGCGGAGAAAGAAGGACAUCGGUCUCUAUGCCAUGAACUUUGGCAACGCAUAUGUCGCUAGUACGGCCGUCUACAGCAGCUACACUCAAGUGUUGCAGGCGAUGAUGGAGGCAGAGCAGUUCAAGGGACCUUCGGUCGUUCUUGCCUACUUGCCUUACGACAGCGAGAAUGACAGUCCGAUCAAGGCGUUGCAAGAGACCAAGAAGGCAGUCGAUCUUGGAUACUGGCCGUUGUACCGCUGGGACCCGACCGCCGAAGACAGGAACGAGGAGAACUUCAAGCUUGACUCGGUACGGAUCAAGGAAGAGCUCAAGGCAUUCUUGGCACGCGACAAUAGGUUGACGCAGUUGAUGAGACGCCAUCCCCAAUUCCACGCAAAUCUUUCCGAGUCCUAUGGAUCCGAGGUUCGCAAGGUCCAGAAGCGCAAGGCCAAGGACGCGUACGAGGCACUUCUCGAGGGUCUUCAGGGUGCUCCGAUGACCAUCCUCUUCGCUUCGGACAACGGGAAUGCGGAGAAUCUCUCCAAGCGACUUGCGAAUCGUGGCAAGGCUCGAGGUCUGAAGACUUUGGCCAUGGCCAUGGACGACUACCCCCUUGAGGACUUGAACACGGAGGAGAAUGUGGUGUUGAUAACUUCUACUGCCGGUCAAGGAGAGUUUCCUCAGAAUGGGCGCAACUUCUGGGAAGGCGUCAAGAACUCGACCGAUCUCGAUCUCGCCGGUGUCAACUUUACCGUCUUUGCACUGGGUGAUUCGCACUACUGGCCGCGGAAGGAGGACAAACACUACUACAACAAGCCCGGAAAGGACAUUUUCGCUCGCAUGAUCACUCUGGGCGCCAAGCAGGUUGUCGACAUUGGUCUCGGUGACGACCAAGAUCCGGAUGGAUACCAGACUGGCUACGCCGAAUGGGAGCCCAAGCUCUGGGAUGCCAUGGGAGUUGGCAAUGUCGAGGGGCUGCCAGAGGAGCCACCGCCAAUGACGAACGAGGACAUCAAGAUUCAGUCGAACUACCUCCGAGGAACCAUCGAGGAGGGGCUUCAAGACGAGUCGACAGGUGCCAUCAGUGCUGCCGACCAACAACUCACCAAGUUCCACGGAACCUAUAUGCAGGACGACCGCGACCUUCGAGAUGAGCGCAAGGCUCAAGGUCUGGAGCCAGCCUACAGCUUCAUGAUCCGAUGCAGACUGCCCGGUGGUGUUGCAACCCCACAGCAAUGGGUGCAGAUGGACGACAUCUCUACCAGCUUGGGCAACGAAACCAUGAAGCUCACCACACGACAGACGUUCCAGUUCCACGGUAUCGUGAAAGCCAAGUUGAAGCCCGCGAUGCAGGCCAUCAACCGUGCGCUCAUGACUACCAUCGCAGCAUGCGGUGAUGUCAACCGAAAUGUUAUGUGCUCUUCGUUGCCGCAGCACAGCGCCCUGCAUGAACAGGCCCACGCCGCCGCCAAGAAGAUCUCCGACCAUCUUCUGCCGAGCACAACUGCCUACCAUGAAAUCUGGUUGAAGGGCAUGGAAGGCGAGAAGGACAUCCAGGUUGCUGGUGAUGCUGUUCAAAACCUCGCCGGAAGGCUGGAUGAUUCCGAGCCCAUGUACGGGCCAGUGUAUCUGCCACGAAAGUUCAAGAUCACCAUUGCCGUACCACCGCACAACGACACCGAUGUCUAUGCACACGACAUUGGCCUCAUUGCCAUCAAGGACGACAAGGGAGAGCUUGCUGGCUUUAACGUUCUCGCAGGAGGAGGUAUGGGUGCAACGCACAACAUGAAGAAGACCUACCCCCAGGUCGGUCGCAUGUUUGGCUACGCCGAUAAGUCUCAAGUCCACGUUGUCUGCGAGAAGAUCAUGCUUGUGCAGCGCGACAACGGAGACCGCAAGAACCGCAAGCACGCCCGUCUAAAGUACACCAUCGAUGACAUGGGCGUGGAUGUAUUCAAGGGCAAGGUUGAAGAGCUGUGGGGCGAGAAGUUCCAGGAGCCGAAGCCGUUCAAGUUUGAGAGUAACAUCGACACCUUUGGCUGGCUGAAGGAUGAACGCGGCAUGAACCACUUCACCAUGUUCAUUGAGAACGGUCGCAUCGAGGAUACUGCGGACUUCAAGAUGAAGACGGGACUUCGUGAGAUCGCCAAGGUGCACAAGGGAGAGUUUCGCUUGACUGGCAACCAACAUCUCAUCCUCUCGAAUGUCAAGGAGGAGGAAUUGCCAACGAUGAAAGAGAUGCUUGCCAAAUACAAGCUGGACAAUACCAACUUCUCCGGGCUCCGUCUGUCAUCAUCCGCUUGUGUUGCUUUCCCAACCUGCGGUCUCGCCAUGGCGGAGUCUGAGCGCUACCUCCCAGAGCUUGUCACCAAGCUUGAGGGCGUGUUGGAGGAGAACGGCAUGCGCCAAGACAGCAUUGUCAUGCGUAUGACUGGUUGCCCGAACGGCUGUGCUCGUCCUUGGUUGGCCGAGGUCGCCUUCGUUGGCAAGGCUUACGGUGCUUACAAUAUGUACCUUGGCGGUGGAUACCACGGCAACAGACUGAACAAGCUGUACCGAUCAUCCAUCAAAGAGGAGGAGAUCCUUGAAAUCAUGAAGCCUGUCCUCAAGAGGUACGCGCUGGAGCGUAAGGAUGGCGAGCGCUUUGGCGACUUCGUCGUCCGGAUUGGCAUGAUUGCUGCCACGACUGACGGAACGAAUUUCCACGAGAACGUGAGUGAGAGCUCUGAAGCCAAUUGGAUGAAAUGAUUGCUGACUUGUAUUGCAGACCGGAGAGGCUGAAGAGGAUGAUGAAUAG